GAAACACAAUGGUACAAACACAAAGUAUUGUGUUGCGUGCAAACACAUGAAACACAAAGUAUUGUGUUGCGUGCGGUUGCAAACAACUCCAGAAGACUGGAAGUGGGAUUCAGAUAUAUUAGGCAAUUCUGAUACGGAAGUUAAUCAGUGCAAAUCUCCUAGCAAAGAAAAAUAUCAGGAGACUCAGACAGACCCUUUCCCACAGUCGCCGACCACAGCCAUCCUGAGGAAGAAAAUUAAAAUACUGCAAAUGAGACUGAAUCACAGGAAUAAGAAG